CGAAUAUUUUUAAAUAAAAACAUGUGGAAGUUAACUGCUACUUCUAUGAGAAUGAGACAGACAACUUCUUUCUCACUGAUUCUACUGCAAAGAUAUUUUAGUGAAUGUAGAUCCUCCACAAUUUACGCACUUUCUUCUGGAUAUGGUAAAUGUGGAGUAGCAGUAAUUAGAGUAUCUGGACCAAAAGCAUCAUUAGCUUUAAAAAAUAUGACAAAAAUAUCUGUUCUAAAACCUAGAAUAGCUCUCUUAAGAAAAAUUCAUGAUCCUGAGACUAAGGAAAUUUUAGAUGUAGGUUUAUGUCUUUGGUUUCCAGAACCUAAUUCAUUUACUGGAGAGAAUUCUGUAGAAUUUCAUGUUCAUGGUGGUCCAGCAGUAGUGAUGUCAGUUUUAAAUGCAUUGUCAAAACUACGUUUUCAGGUAGCAUCUCCUGGAGAAUUUACAAAGAGGGCACUUUUAAAUGGAAAAUUAGAUUUGACUGAAGCUGAAGGUAUAAGGGAUUUAAUUGAAGCAGAAACAGAAAAACAACGUAAGCAGGCUACUAAUCAAGUAAAUGGUUCUCUUCGUUGUCUUUAUGAUUCUUGGCGUAUUACACUUUUAAAUAUUCUUGCUGGCUUAGAAGCCUAUAUUGAUUUUUCUGAAGAGCACAAUAUAACUUCUAAUGUCUUAGAAGAUACUAAAAGUGGUGUAAAAAAAUUAUCUAUAGAAAUUCAACAACAUCUUGCUGAUGGAAGAAAGGGAGAAAUUCUACGUACUGGAAUACAUGUAACAAUUUUUGGAGAAUCUAAUGUAGGAAAAAGCAGUCUUCUAAAUCUUCUUUCUAGAAAAGAUGCAGCUAUUGUAACAUCUUCACCUGGGACAACAAGGGAUGUUAUACAGCUAACAACUAAUAUCUGUGGGUACCCAAUGAUUCUUGCAGACACUGCAGGGAUUAGAAAUGAUCCAGAAAAUGAGAUAGAAAUAGCAGGCAUUAGAAAAGCUAAAGAACAUUCACACAGAGCAGAUUUUAUUAUAUGUGUAAUUAGUGCAGAAAUUAAUAUAGCAACUCCUUUGCAUGAGUUUUUACAGCAAUAUAAGAAUUUCCUAGGAAUAGAUAAAAAAAGAGUUCUUACAGUAUUAAAUAAAGUAGAUUUACUCAAUAAAGAAGAUAAAGAAAAAUGGCGGCACGAAAAUGUUGUUCUUGUAUCAUGUAAAACACAAGAAGGUUUAAAAGAACUUAUAAAUGCAUUAGGACAAUGUUUUGAAGAAAUAUGUGGAGAUCCAUGUGAAGAAAAUCCUGUAAUCAGCCACGCACGAUACAGAAACCAUUUAUUACUUGUUUCAGAUUAUCUUAAAUUAUAUUUAGAGAAAAUUGAAGUACCAAACUAUGAUAUAGCUAUAUCAUUGCAAGAUAUAAGAAGUGCAGUAAGAGAGCUUGGAAAAAUAACUGGUUCCAUUAGUAAUGAAGAAAUCCUUGAUGUUAUUUUUAAAGAUUUUUGUAUAGGAAAGUAA